AUGAAAUUCACUUCCAACAUUGCCUUCGCUUUAUUCGUCUUAGCUAAAUUGAUUGUAGCUGAUUCCGAAACUUUCGGUUUAAUCACUAUUCGUUCUGGUUCUGCACUACAAUACGCUGGUGUCACUAGUGUUGAUGGUACUUUAAAUCUUGGAGGAAGCAAUGGUUUAAGCGGUACUGUCACCGAUGCCGGAAAAUUAAAGUUAUCUGAUGAUACUUAUGCUGUUGUUCAAGCCGAUGGUACUAUCAAGGAAGGUUCUGAAUCUGACGGGACUACCGGCUUCUCUGUUACUGGUGGCCGUUUAGCAUACAAUGGUUCCACCGGUUUCUACGGUGUCGCCUCCGGUAGCUCUUACAUUUUAUCUACUUCAGACACUAGCGGUCUAGGUAUUGUACUAAGAGCUCAGACUACAUCUGGUCUUGCUGCGGACUUCACUCCAUCUGGCUCUUCUUCUGAUUCUAGUUCUUCCGCUGACGCAGCCGCUUCUUCUUCCGUCGCUUCUACGGUCAGUACCGCCGCUGCUGCUGCAAGUACUGUUGCUGCUGUAUCUCAAAUUACCGAUGGUCAAAUUCAAGCAACUACUGCUACUAUUGCUCAACAAUCUACUAACGGUGCCGCCAAGGCUGCUGCUGGCUUAGGUGCUGGCGCCAUUGCCGCAGCCGCCUUAUUAUUGUAA